UACAAAAACCUAACACCCUCGCCACUUCAAAUACAAAAACCUAAAACCCUAAAAAAUAUAUCGAAGCUUGGGUAUGGAGAUCGGAAAAAGUAGACGAAAAUCUCUCCAUCUUCCCGAAGAAACCAUUGAAGAAAUACUAUCCAGACUUGCGGUGAAUUCAGUUUUGAAGUUCAGGUGCGUUUCGAAAUCAUGGGGCUCUUUAAUUGAUAGCGAACGUUUCAUCAAAACCCAUCAUCAAAAUUCAAUUAAAAACCCAUCUUUCCCCCAACAAAGGCUCAUUUUAAAGAACUAUUUUUUUGAACAUUUUGAUGAUUGGCCUCCGCAAUGUUGUUCUCUGCUGUCGGUUAUGAGUGAGCCAGCAAAUACUAUCUCUUUAUCUCCUUUAGCUGUUCCAACGAAUACUACAUUGAUGCGAUUUUUAAUAUUGGGGUGCUAUAACGGGCUUCUCUGCAUUCUCGAGCAACCAAGUGGAAUUUACUCGUGGAACCCAUCCACUGGAUUCUCCAGGAAUCUGCCAGAGCAACCAUGUAGAAUUCACCUGUGGAAUCCAUCCACUGGAAUCUCCAAGAAAUUGCCAGAAAUUUCUAAUGUCUGCUAUGUUCAUAAUUUUGGAUUCGGUUGGGUUGAAUCGAGUGGUGAGUACAAGGUGUUUGUGAGUGUGGCUAAUCUUGAUAAUUACGAGAGGAAGUGGGUUGGUAAAGUUUAUAGUUCAAAGACAAAAUCAUGGAAAACAAUAGAGCGCUGCGAGGAAUAUGCAUAUACAUAUCCUUGCAAAGAAGGGAUGUUUGCAGGUGGGAAGCUCUACUGGACGAAUAAUAAUGGAUAUAAAGAAGAUAUUAUUUUCUUGGACUUGAAGAGUGAGGUGUUUGGAAGGAUUAAGCUUCCCUUUGAUCACGAGUUUUGCGUGGAAGAGCCCUGGUUUGUGGGUGUGCUUGGUGGUUGCCUUUGCGCGCUAGAUUAUGUUGGAACAGACGUCGUUCAAGUUUGGGUUAUGAAGAAGUCUUGGGAGAAAGUGGUGACUCUUUCUCAUCUUCUUGAGCUUCUUCAACCACCACCAUUGGUGGUGGGUCUAAAGGGAGAGAUUUUGGUAAAUUGUGGAUUCAUUUUGUUGGUUUUUGAUCGUCAGGAUAAUGUGUUCCGUUGUCCCGAGGUUUGUCGUCGUUACAGUUCAACUCUUGUCUAUGUUGAAAGUUUAGUCUCGCCAGAAGAUUUAUGAAAGAUGAAAAUAAAGUCUUAGAACAUGAUGAUGAGUGGUUUCGUAGCUUUUUUUGAUGAUGUGUAUUGUUUCUUAAGAAUUGAAGCUCUUUUCUUUCUCUCUCUAUAUAUAGUCUAUAGAACUUGUGUUCACAUCAUGAACUGAAUAAUUCAAUGU